AUGCAACUCAUCAACUACCUCCCCAUCCUCGCCGUUCUCUCCCCAGCACUGGGCCUUCCAGCCCCUGCUCCUGCUCCCGCUCUCGCUGCUGCCCCCCUCCCCGCACCCGCCACCAUCUCCAAGAACCCCAACAUCGCACCUAUGUGCACACCACAACUCAACGCCAACACAUGCGUUCUCAACUGGAACACCAACACCAUGGCCGCGAACGACGAUCUAUCCAACAUCAACAACCUCGUUGCCUACGCACGCGUCACCAUCUAUUCCAACACCUGUACUGCUAUUGGUGGAAUCAGCAACGGACUUGAUCAAAAUGUUUAUGUCGACGCUGCGGGAUUCGAGCAACGGAUGUUGCUCCAGAAUAUGUGGGAUGAGGCGAAGGGGUUUAAGGUUCCAAGAUGGAUCUACGAUGGAAAACAGUAUGGGGUUGAGAACUGCUCUUGUUUUGAUGGGCCGCUGUUGGGCGAGCCAAAGGAUACUCAUGUUUGUCAAUUUCCUUUUGAUUGCCACUCCUGA